AUGGUCACAACUCCACGCAUGGCUGCCGUUUUGACAGUCGUGGUGGGAUUUGCGCUGCAACGUGUUGUAUGCUUGGAGCAAAAACACAAUGUUGUCGCAGAGCAGAACCUCGUAAACAGAGGAAUACCCCAAGGAUUCUCGCCCGAGUAUCUCGACGAACAACGACUCGCCGCGCGACAAGGAACACUCACAUCUACGAGCCGUCCACAGACUUUCUUGACGGCAUCUGUCAGUGUUCCAGACUCUUCGCUGACUACGCUCUCGACUUCUGCAGUGCAAACAGCGAAAGAGACUCUCGCGUCACUCCCAAGCGGCACUGUUGUCACGUCUUUAACGACGUCUGCUGCACAACCAUUUCCUACAUCGACGACGGCAACUAGACCUUUGAGAUUGGCUGCUGCUGCGGCCGACCCCACUACGGCAUCGACUGUCACGGCGAUUACGGCAAACAACAUCUUCCAGCCGAUUGCGACUGAUGCCCCGCCUGCACAGAUCCCAAGACGUGGCGAUCACCCUGCGCCACGCUUGAACAUUCAACGUCAACAAUACCCAUUGCAAACGAACAAGUUCUACGCAAAUCUAUUCGUCGGAAGCCAGACUGCGCCUGUUUUCACUCAUCCUUAUUCGUUGACAUGGACAAACAACAGAACCUCGGUCGUGACAUGGGGCAUGGGAGUCUCCCACAUCGAGCGUAAUCAGCUUGCAGCUGGUCUGGCCAAUCCUGGAUACGAUGCUGGUCAAUGGGCGUACUACAUCAACCCCAUCGGUAUCUACUCGAUCAUCCUUUCCGCAGCGGAGCUCAGGAAUGGCACCAAACUAACUACGGAUACCAUUGAUGCUUUCUCGGCCAAUGCCAAUUUGAUCGCAGCUGGAGCCUCCCUCCCGACCAUUACCUUUCCGCUCGUGCAGGGCAUGGGUUUCGUCACGGGAGUAUACCGCAGCGCAACGCCGCUGUUGCAAUCCGGUGUUGCAUUUCAACGUCUUACAUAUGUCGGCACUGUUCUCAAUGGUGCAACCUACAAGUAUCGCGUCCUGCUUGGAAAUGGUUACACCUGGCUUAUCUAUGUCUCUCCCUCUAAUCAGCAAUAUCCAGGCAACAAGCUCACUUUGGUCAAUGCUGCCAGUAUUCAAGGCCCUUCCGGGUUCAGUGGCACCAUUCAGAUCGCGAAGAUCCCAUCAACCGCCACUGAUAGCGGCCCAGAAAGCAUCUACGACUCGACUGCAGGCACUUAUGCAACUGGCGCUACCAUCGAUGGCUCCGUCAAUGGUAAGACUGGUAGCUAUACAUUCUCUUUCACCAAAAAGGGUAUCACCAGCCAGCCACUCUUGAUGUUCGCGCUACCACAUCACAGAGCAACAUUGGCAUCCGGAGGCCUCACGAGCUUGCAGCUCAUGACAACGACCAAGGGCAUGGCGACUGCUGUUCGUGCCAAUUCUUGGACGCUCCAGGAAUCCAACCUUCCCAUCGAUAUGAGUUUUGCCCCUUGGACGCCCGCUCGUGGUAGCAUCACCAAGGUAGCGGCGGCUGCUGUCUCCGCGAUCAACGCUGCAGGUUAUGCGGAAUUGCAACAAAACAUCUCAGCUCAGGCCAAUGUUGGAAGUCUGUAUUACGAUGGCAAGGCUCUGGCCAAAUUUGCGGCGAUAAUCUACACGCUCAACGACAUUGCCGGAAACACGAGUCUUGCAUUGUCGGGGUUGAAGGCGCUCCAGCAAGCCUUUGCGCUUCACGUCGACAACAAGAUGGCUUGGCCACUGGCUUAUGACACUGCUUGGGGAGGCGUUGUUUCGUCUGCGACUUAUGUUACGGGCGAUGCUGGGGUUGACUUUGGAAACACCUACUACAACGACCAUCACUUCCACUUUGGGUACUUUGUCUACACGGCAGCCGUCAUUGGAUACCUCGACCCCAGCUGGCUCAAUGCGGGCACCAACAAAGCCUGGGUCAACACCCUAGUCCGCGACUACGCCAACUCCAUCAAAACCGACCUUAGCUUCCCCUUCAGCCGAUCCUUCGACUGGUACCACGGCCACAGCUGGGCCAGCGGCCUCUUUGAAGCCCUCGACGGCCGCAACCAAGAGUCCUCCAGCGAGGACACCAUGGCCUCGUACGGUCUCAAGAUGUGGGGCCAAGUCAUCGGCGACAUCAACAUGCAAGCGCGCGGAAACCUCAUGCUCGCGAUCCAAGCCCGCAGCCUCCAAAGCUACUACCUCACCACCGAUGACAACACCAUCCUGCCCUCGCAGUUCAUCGGCAACCGCGCUGCGGGGAUCCUCUUCGACAACAAAGUCGAUCACACGACUUACUUCGGCGACAACCCGGAGUAUGUCCAGGGCAUCCACAUGCUCCCGCUGAUGCCGUUCAGCGCGUAUAUCCGCACCCAGACUUUCGUCAAGCAGGAAUGGGCGAGUUAUUUCUCGAGCAAGAUCUCGUCGAUCGUCGGCGGCUGGAGGGGGAUUCUCAUGGCGAACUAUGCCAUUGUGGAUGCGCCGACGGUGUACCGCUUCUUUGCGGAUGCGAGGUUCGACUCGAGUUAUUUGGAUGGAGGAGCGAGUCGGACGUGGUAUUUGGCGUGGUCGGCGGCGCUGGGAGGGGUUUGA